AUGGCAUCUCUGCUUUCGAUAUCUGUCGUAGCAGUGGUGGUUCUCCGCUUGCUCUGGACGCUGGCCGCCAAAUUUCAGCAUGGGCAAAGAGCCCGCCGAUGGGGAUGUGCCCCAUUUCCCACCUACCCUAGUGACCUAUUAGGGAUUGGUCUUCUCAAGGAGGGCUUGACGGCACUCAAAGCCGAUGUGAUUUGUCCGAUGUUCGAGCGUCGAAUUGCGCACAUCAGUGCGCGCGAAGGACGCUAUGUGACCACCUGCGGGUGGACGAUCUUGGGUCGGGAGACUUGCUUCACCAUCGAUCCUGAAAACAUCCAAGCGGCUUGGGCCACUCAGUUUAAGGAUUUCGUCUCAGGUGACUUGAGGUCGAGAUUUCCUGGCCCGCUCGGCGGCAACAGCAUCAUUACUACAGACGGAGAGGAAUGGGCGAGGCAUCGCGCUAUUCUACGUCCCCAGUUUUCGCGCAGCCAGGUCAGUGACCUAGAUCUCUAUGAACGCCAUCUGCAACAGGCAAUGCUAGCAAUUCCAGUGACCAAUGGGAAGUGGACCGAACCCUUGGAUAUCCUGGAGAUCUUCUGCCGGCUUACCAUUGAUUCGGCGACUGAGUUUCUCUUCGGAAAAAGCACUGAGAGCCAAAUAUCUGCCGCCACCGGUAAAAAUACGGGGGAGGCCGAUUUCGCACACCAUCUCGAUAAGUUCAUAAAUUACGCUGGAAAACGGGUUCGCCUGGAGAGUUUGUACUGGCUGGCCAAUAACCAGGAGUCCCGAUUUUCUGAAAACGAAGUUCAAAAAUACGUGGACCGAUAUGUCCAGGAUGCUAUCAAUGCCCAUCAGGCAGGGAAGCUCCAGGCAGACCCCAAGCGGUCGCCUCAGUAUAUCUUUCUCCACGCAUUGACGGCCGUCACGCAAGACCCUAUUGAGCUCCGCACCCAUGUUCUCAGCUUGCUCGUCGCCGGUCGCGACACCACCUCUUCCCUGCUCGGCUGGACCGUCCUGCUUCUUGCUCGUCAUCCGGACGAGUUUCAGAAGCUCCGCCAUGCAAUUCUCAAAGCCUUCGGUCCCUAUGAUACCCCUAACAACCUCACGUUCGAAUCCCUCAAAGCCUGUAGCUACCUACAGUAUUGCCUAAAUGAGAGUCUUCGAUUGUAUCCGGUCGCACCAUUCAAUCGCCGUGUUGUGGCCAGGGACACUACCCUCCCUCGUGGUGGCGGUCGUGACGGCCGGCAACCUAUCUAUGUGCGCAAAGGUCAGCUCAUUAUGGUCGGUAUAUAUUCCAUGCAUCGGCGUAAGGAUAUCUGGGGACCCGAUGCCGAUGAUUUCAAGCCUGGCCGGUGGGAAGGUCGUAAAAUAUCAUGGGGGUAUUUGCCUUUCAGUGGGGGACCAAGGGUAUGCAUCGGACAGCAGUUGGCCCUGACGGAGGCCGGAUAUGUCCUUGUUCGCUUGAUCCAGCGGUUUGAUGGGAUGCAAGAUGUUAACGCGGAGAAAGAGAUUAAACAAAACGUGACCUUGACCAGUGCUCCUGCGCAGGGUGUUACUGUUCGAUUGCAUGCGCCAGAGGCAUGA